CAAAAUAAUUUCACUAUUAACGCGAUAAAGAAGAAAUUGCAAUUAGUGCUGUUCACCUGUGUACAUAUUUUAACGUGUAUAUAAAUUGUGCUGCGUAUAAUAUUAGUCGUUAUUGUGCUUUCCAAUCUUUGUCAGGCGCGAUAUCAAGAGCGAAGAGGCAAAAUGAGGCAACUGACGUGUAUCCUGAUCGCCUUGGCGAUCGUUGGAGUCUAUGCGGAUGAACCUGAGAAACUGGUAAAUGGAAUACCCACCAGCAUCGAAGAAAAUCCGCAAGCCGUAUCCAUCAGAAUGAACAAUCAGCAUAUAUGCGGCGGUACCAUAAUUAAUAACCGGUUUAUCCUCACAGCCGCGCAUUGCAUACAGUUCCGGAGUACACAAGGCUUAACCGUUGUCACUGGUACAACUUACCUUAAUCAGGGCGGAGUUGCUCACCGAAUAGAGCGAUGGGUCUCCCACGAAAACUACAAUCCAAAUUACCCGGGAAGACAUGCUGGUUUUGAUAUCGGUUUAAUUAAGUUAGCAACUCCUAUUACUUUCAACCGCAGCCAACAGCUGGUCGGGCUUCCGAAGUCGAAUUCGGUGAGAGGUGAAGGUGUUACGAUCGUAGCUUGGGGCUCUGUAGGUUUCAGGCAAGCUGUACACAAUAAUUUGCAAAAAUUGAACGCGCAAGUUAUGCUCCAACCUGAGUGUCAGACACGCCAUCAAAACUUUAUGGAAGUCCACCCGAACGAAUUCUGUACCCUCAUCAGAACUGGAACUGGAACUUGCAAUGGUGACAGCGGUAGCGGAGUUAUUCGCAACAGCGACAGAACAAUUAUCGGUCUGGUCUCUGGUGGAAGACCAUGUGCGCAAGGUUACCCAGAUGUAUACACUGAUGUUUCCAGAUUUACUACUUGGAUCCAGAACAAAAUGAAUAUUCUCUAAAAAUAACAACAAUUCUCUUCAAUGUAUUGCCACACCCUUAAUACUUAAUAAAGAUCAUUCAGCAAAUGCUCUAAUUAGAGGCUUCUUCUCGAACAUUUAAUAGUUGAACAAAAGUUCAAAAGAGAAUGCUUCACAUAAAUUUUUACUACAUUUUUUUCUAAAUUACAAGUAUAUGUCAUUUUCGGAAACGAUAUUGAAAUCGAUUUGAAUUUAA